UGUUAAUGUCAAAUAAUUUUGUUUUGGCUAGUCGACGAUCGGGUUGUGGUUGUUUGAUUGAUUUCGUUUUCGCAAUCAAAAUAAUUUACCAUUUGAUAAUAAAAUGACUAAUUGGAAAUUAUGUCGCGCUUGUUUGGGUCCAGAAGAGGCUUUUACAUAUUUACUAUUUCAAAAUGUGUCUGCUGAACAAUAUAGUUUCUGCACAUCAAUAGACGUGCAUGAAGAUGAAGAUCUACCAAAAGCUUUGUGUAUUUCGUGCCAUGAACAACUCGCAAAGUUCAUACAAUUCAAAAACAUGUGUAUUCAGUCACAUAACUCUCUAUUAGAAUUAAAAUGUGAAACUGUUAAAGUCGAGGUAGAUGUUACAAGCUCUGCUGUGUGCUCUGCUGCAUAUAAUAAUGGGAAUCAUCACAACAAUAAACUAGUCAAAGAAGAAGACUUUAGUAGUCAAUUUGAUGAAGAUGUGUUUGAAGAACAACAUUAUUCAACUAAUGAUAUUGAAGAUAAGAAGUCAAAGAAGAGAAGCAAAAAGAAAUUACAAAGGGUAAAAGCUAAACACAAAAUCAAGAAAGUUGGUGAUAAAAAGAGCCAGCGUUUUUCAUGUGAAUUAUGCACUAAAACUUUUGUUUUCUUUGAAAGAUUUGAAGCUCAUAAAUUGGAGCAUGAAGGAAAAAUUACCCCUAUACAUUGUCUUCCUUGUAAUAAAACCUUUGCCACCUGGAAUGGACUUAAGCGGCACAAUAUAAAUGAGCACAGGGUCAUUAGUCUGGUGUCUCUCAAAUGCAAUAGUUGUGGAAAAAUAUUCAAGAGUCAAGAUUCACUAAAAUAUCAUGCAAAAAUGCAUGAGAAUACACCCCAAAUGGUACAUGUCUGUGAUGUAUGUGGAAGAAAAUUUCGUACUAAAACAGGUUUAAAGACUCAUUUGGAAAUACACAAAGAAAACCGAGAGCGCAUCUACACAUGUGAACAUUGUGGCAAGAAAUUCUUUAGUAAGACAGUUCUUAUGAAUCACGUGUCCAGAAGGCAUACAUGCCGCAGAUACAUAUGCCAUACAUGUAACUACCCUUUCACACAAAAAUAUAACUUAAUCAAGCAUUUACAAAUACAUGAAGGAAAAAAAUCAUACACAUGUGAUAUUUGUCAAAAAUCUUAUAGAGCCCAAUCGACAUUGACUGAACAUAAAAGAACACAUUCAGGAGAAAGACCUUAUGCUUGCAACUACUGCCCAAAAAGCUUCUUAUCUAAACGAAGGGUAAAUGAACAUCAUUUGACCCAUACAGGAGAAAGACCCCACAAAUGUUUGGAGUGUAAUCUCAGCUUUAGCCAAAAAGGGACUUUAAAAAGGCACUUGAAAGUGCAUGAAAAGCAUUUAGAACAUAUUUUAAAUUGACUGUUUAAUCAUUAAAGUGUCUAUGUAUAUUGA